GAAGGACUUGAUUGUGCCACCUGUGCGCAUAAGGAUGGAUGCUCUCACCACGGGCGCGCGGCUGUGAGGCGGCAUGAGGGCCAAACGUCCAGCAUCUGAGGGUCCCGGGGCGCCACGGUGACAGACAUGGAUCACUUCUUUAGGAGAAAGCGGGCCGGUUUGGUUAAACCCCUGCUCAGUCUGUCCCUCAUCUUCGUUUCUGUUCUGAUGAUUCUCAAACUGAAACUGUCAGAAAAAGACGCAGCGAGGAUCAAACAAGCGCGGGAUGCCAGCUGGUGCGGGUCGGACUGUUUCCCGGCCGUCGAGUCUAAUUUCUGGAGGAUCAACGCCCACCACGCGCCAAGCAAGAGAACGGACGCGCAGCAGGUGUCCAACGGGACAGGCUGGGACGCGCAAGUCCUCAACUGCAGCGAGGACGCAUCGGUGAAGAGCCAGCCGUGGUUCCGGCACCUGGACCCGCGGUUCCACCAGUUUGUUCUGCACAGACACUGCCGGUACUUCCCCAUGCUCAUCAACCAUCCGGAGAAAUGCGCGGAUGGAGAGGUGCACCUCCUCAUGGUGAUCAAAUCCGUUAUAGAGCAGCACGACCGGCGGGAAGCCGUGCGUAAAACCUGGGGCCAGGAGCGGACAGUGGAUGGAAAGAAGAUCAAAACUUUAUUUUUACUCGGAACUCCGACAACAGGGAAAGACACAAGAAACCUGCAGAAACUGAUCGAGUACGAGGAUAAGAUCUAUAAAGACAUCCUGCAGUGGGACUUCAUGGACACCUUCUUCAACCUGACCCUGAAGGAGGUAAACUUCCUUAAAUGGUUUAACAUCUACUGCCCAGGAGUGCGCUUCAUAUUUAAAGGAGAUGAUGACGUUUUUGUGAACACAAACAACCUGCUGGAGCUCACGGCUUUCAAAGUGGAGGAGCGCAAAGACGCAGACUUAUUUAUAGGAGACACCAUCACCAAGGCGAUCCCCAUCCGGAACCGCCAGAGCAAAUACUACAUCCCCAAAGAGCUCUACGAUAAGCCCUACCCGCCUUAUGUGGGGGGUGGGGGGUUCGUCAUGUCCUCCCAGCUGGCCAGGAGGCUCUUGGCGGCCUCAGAGGACGUGGAGCUGUACCCCAUCGAUGACGUGUUUUUGGGGAUGUGCCUGAAGAAGCUGAGCGUCGCUCCUGAGUUGCACUCAGGUUUCAGGACCUUCGGUAUCAGCAGGCAUAAGGCCAGCUCCAUGAACAGGGAGCCAUGCUUCUAUAAGAACCUGAUCGUGGUGCACAAGCUGAGCGCGCAGGAGCUGUUCAGGAUGUGGAGCAUAGUGCACAGCAAGGAUCUGGUUUGCGCGCAAAGGACAUCCAUGUAAAAGCAAAACAGACUGUGGAGAAAAUAUAAAGAGCAAACAGGUUUGAAGCCUGAUUGGGAACAGAAAUGGAUCUCCUUUGCCUGGUUGGUCAUUUAUAAAACCACUACAACCAAGUGCCAUGUUAAAUUCUACUGUCUUAUUUAACAGAACCAAACUCUCUAUAAAAGUAACUUAUGUUGGUUUUUAAUUAUACAGGUUUAAACUCAUAAUUUCUUUAUUCAGGUUUUUCUCUGGAAAGAGGAUUUUAUAGACUGGGAAGAUUUUAAUGGUCUUAAUUAAAGUAUAAGGUUCAUAUUAAACACAGAAAAAACAUGAAACUAAAAGUUACAGAAUUGCACUAAGUUAAAGAAAAAAAUUUUCUUCUACCAACAAGAUAACUUGAAAUAAAAUGAAUGAAACUUUGAUUAUUGUGAUUUUUAAUGCUCUAAACAACAAAGUAAAGCGCCAGUUUUAAGAUACGCUCUUAUUGCACAGAAUACGACAAAUAUUUUACAAACUGAUGCAUUUAAAAGCUUUAGAGCUCGCUCACAUUCUUUUCCAAUGUCAAAAACAGUCCUUUAUUUUUAUUCGAUAUAUAAUUUUUUUCUUUAAAAAAAAAAA